AUGGGAUGGAAUUUGGGAGAAGGGGAUGGAAUCUGGGAGAAGGGGAUGGAAUCUGGGAGAAGGGGGUGGAAUCUGGGAGAAGGGGGUGGAAUCUGGGAGAAGGGGAUGGAAUCUGGGAGCAGGGGAUGGAAUCGGGGAGAAGGGGAUGGAAUGAGGGAGAAGGGGAUGGAAUCUGGGAGAAGGGGAUGGAAUCUGGGAGAAGGGGAUGGAAUCUGGGAGAAGGGGAUGGAAUCUGGGAGAAGGGGAUGGAAUCUAGGAGAAGGGGAUGGUAUCAGGGAGAAGGGGAUGGAAUCUGGGAGAAGGGGAUGGAAUCUGGGAGAAGGGGAUGGAAUCUGGGAGAAGGGGAUAGAAUCUGGGAGAAGGGGGAUAGAAUCUGGGAGAAGGGGAUGGAAUCUAGGAGAAGGGGAUAGAAUCUGGGAGAAGGGGAUGGAAUCUGGGAGAAGGGGAUGGAAUCUGGGAGAAGGGGAUGGAGUCAGGGAGAAGGGGAUGGAAUCUGGGAGAAGGGGAUGGAAUCUGGGAGAAGGGGAUGGAAUCUGGGAGAAGGGGAUGAAAUUAGGGAGAAGGGGAUGGAAUCAGGGAGAAGGGGAUGGAAUCUGGGAGAAGGGGGUGGAAUCUGGGAGAAGGGGGUGGAAUCUGGGAGAAGGGGAUGGAAUCUGGGAGAAGGGGAUGGAAUCUGGGAGAAGGGGAUGGAAUCUAGGAGAAGGGGAUGGUAUCAGGGAGAAGGGGAUGGAAUCUGGGAGAAGGGGAUGGAAUCUGGGAGAAGGGGAUGGAAUCUGGGAGAAGGGGAUAGAAUCUGGGAGAAGGGGAGAAGGGGAUGGAAUCAGGGAGAAGGGGAAGGAAUCUGGGAGAAGGGGGUGGAAUCUGGGAGAAGGGGGUGGAAUCUGGGAGAAGGGGAUGGAAUCUGGGAGAAGGGGAUGGAAUCUGGGAGAAGGGGAUGGAAUAUGGGAGAAGGGGAUGGAAUCUGGGAGAAGGGGAUGGAAUCUGGGAGAAGAGGAUGGAAUCUGGGAGAAGGGGAUGGAAUCUGGGAGAAGGGGAUGGAAUCUGGGAGAAGGGGGUGGAAUAUGGGAGAAGGGGAUGGAAUCUAGGAGAAGGGGAUGGAAUCAGGGAGAAGGGGAUGGAAUCUGGGAGAAGGGGAUGGAAUCUGGGAGAAGGGGAUGGAAUCUGGGAGAAGGGGAUGGAAUAUGGGAGAAGGGGAUGGAAUCUGGGAGCAGGGGAUGGAAUCGGGGAGAAGGGGAUGGAAUGAGGGAGAAGGGGAUGGAAUCUGGGAGAAGGGGAUGGAAUCUGGGAGAAGGGGAUGAAAUUUGGGAGAAGGGGAUGGAAUCUGGGAGAAGGGGAUGGAAUCUAAGAGAAGGGGAUGGAAUCUGGGAGAAGGGGUUGGAAUCUGAGAGAAGGGGAUGGAAUCUGGGAGAAGGGGAUGGAAUCUGGGAGAAGGGGGGGAUGGAAUCUGGGAGAAGGGGAUGGAAUCUGGGAGAAGGGGAUGGAAUCAGGGAGAAGGGGAUGGAAUCUGGGAGAAGGGGAUGGAAUCUGAGAGAAGGGGAUGGAAUAUGGGAGAAGGGGAUGGAAUCUGGGAGAAGGGGAUGGAAUCAGGGAGAAGGGGAUGGAAUCUGGGAGAAGGGGAUGGAAUCUUGGAGAAGGGAUGGAAUCUGGGAGAAGGGGAUGGAAUCGGGGAGAAGGGGAUGGAAUGAGGGAGAAGGGGAUGGAAUCUUGGAGAAGGGGAUGGAAUCUGGGAGAAGGGGAUGGAAUCGGGAAGAAGGGGAUGGAAUGAGGGAGAAGGGGAUGGAAUCUGGGAGAAGGGGAUGGAAUCUGGGAGAAGGGGAUGGAAUCUGGGAGAAGGGGAUAGAAUAUGGGAGAAGGGGAUGGAAUCUGGGAGAAGGUGAUGGAAUCUGGGAGAAGGGGGUGGAAUCUGGGAGAACGGGGUGGAAUCUAGGAGAAUGGGAUGGAAUAUGGGAGAAGGGGAUGGAAUCGGGGAGAAGGGGAUGGAAUGAGGGAGAAGGGGAUGGAAUCUGGGAGAAGGGGAUGGAAUAUGGGAGAAGGGGAUGGAAUCUGGGAGAAGGGGAUGGAAUCGGGGAGAAGGGGAUGGAAUGA